AUGCUGAGCCCUGCUAUUGUCGCCCUUGCGAUUGCUACGGUUACUGUCCGCGCGGGCCCUGUGGACUCGCUCUAUCCCAAUAUCACUGAUCCCGAGUCGCUAAAGAACCCCUCGUACAAUGCGAUCCCCUCAGGUCACCUGUACGAGUCGCGUACCUCGGCGGGUGAUGGCUCGUACCUGUACUGCUCGAUGCCGCACCCUCAGACGAGUUACUACAAGGAGCCGAAGCCUGUGCAGAACGGCACCGUGAGCGCGAACCUCACCGGUCUCCUCUACGUCCAGCGUCACCAGAAGCGCACGGCCUACCACAUUUUCCCCAACGGCGAGGCGACCAAGUACAACUGCGACAAUGGAAAGCCGUACUUGUACUUUGCUCCGAACGGCGUGGAUGCCCCCGAGCCCGUUCCUGUCUAUGCACAGACCUACGCUGAUUCGCAGAACCCCUUGCUCCGCACCUUUACCAACUCCUCGUGCCAAUUUCCCCAGCUGACCAUUGGCGGCUACAAGGACGGCGUGCAGCACGGUGAGGAGCUUCGCAAGCUGUAUGGUGAUAAAUACCACGUUAUCCCGAAUGAACCGUCGAGUGACUCGGUCUACCUGCGCUCCUCGACUGCUGCUCUGACGCAGCAGUCGGCGAGUGGUGUUCUGCGUGGCCUGUGGCCCAAGCUGAACAAGCCCGUCGUGCUGGAACAGCAGUCGGACUCGGUCGACACACACGAGCCUUCGUGUGACCGCGUCGAUACGCUCAAGUCCGCUGCCCAGAAGGCCUCUCCUUGGAUCAAGCACAUGAACGCGACGCAGGAUCUGCGGAAGAAGCUCGAGUCGGUUCUUCUGACCAACACGAGCGAGUGGCGCUCGGACUGGGACCACUACAACGACAACUUCCAGGCGCGUCUUUGCAAUGGCUACGAUCUUCCCUGUGCUCUCGACAAUGACAAAAAUUGUGUGUCGCGUGAGGAGGCCAACAAGGUAUUUGCUGCUGGCGACUGGGAGUACAACUACUACUGGGUGGAACGCGAGAAUGUCACCGAGGCGAUCCAGUUGACGAGUGGUCUGUUCAUCAGCGACCUCAUUUCCAAGGUCAAGGACAUUGCCUCGGACAAUUCGGAGCUCAAGUACGCCCACUUUUUCAUGCACGACGGUGAUCUUGGCCCUCUGGCUGGUUCGCUUGGUAUCAAGACGCUACGCUGGCCGGGUAUGGCAUCCAACAUUGCUGUGGAGCUUUGGAAGACGUCCAAGGGUGAAGACUAUGUUCGCGUGCUUUACAGUGGCAGCACCAUCCGCUCGAAGCAUGCCGACAUGGAGUGGCUCCCUCUUCAGGACUUCCUCAGAAUCUGGGGCAAGUACGUUCCGAGCAACUUUGUGGAACAGUGUGCAGCCUAG